AUGGUGGCGAAGAGCAGCCUACCCACCCACUCGACGCCCGUUAUUGUCAGCGACAAGCACGGCAACCCGAAAUGGACCGUAUCCAUCCCACCCAACUCGAACUUUCCCCUCACGGUGAACGAAUACUCGAGUAUUUGCGCAAAGUGUGUCGAGGUGGCGAACCAGGUCGACGCUCUGCGUGGCAGCAGUGUCGGUCUCGGCAACAUCAUCGGUCUCGGCAGCCUGGGCGGCAUCAACAAGCGAAAACGGAAGACUAGCGCCGAGCGCCUGCGCUCGUUUGACAGCAACUUUGUUGACGUCCAUGAGGCCGAGGUCGCGGGCUAUCUCACAGGCAGCGUGUCCAUCGGGACCCUUUUUAACCAACAAGCCAACGCCGACGACGGCGAUAUUGUCGGCGAGUCGAGCAACACGUUCGCAGGCAAACCCGUGUGCGGCCGCAGUUUAACGUUCGUGUUGGCUUCGUCCGAGGCAGGUCUCGGCCGCACCAUGAUGCUGUUGUGGAUGGCUUAUGCCCAGGCGCAGAGCGAGGGUCGUGGAUUCUUCAUCGACGACACCCACUGGGCCUAUGGCCGCUACGCGCAUAUCUUUGCGCCCCCACCAUCGCCGGCCUGCCGCCCGCCGCUGCGCCACGAGAUGCUGCCGUGCCCACGCCAAGCCCGCCACCUGAUCAUGACGGCCGACACCGCCGACCAGUUCUUCUUUGCCGACAAGAGCGACGCGGCAGCCGGUAUUGCCCCGGACCGCACCAAACACUUGUUUGACCUCGCCCGCAAGGGCUACGAGGCUCUCUUUCGCCUCAACAAGGACGAUGCUAAUCAUGUCACCCAGCGCGUGGAGAAGCUCAAGGCCCUAACGGCCCUGGAAAAGCGCGGUGACGGCAACGGUGACGAUUCUGCCGGGAGUAGCAGUGGUCAUAACGGCAAGAACGAGCAUGGCACAAUUGUGGGCCUGCACGUCCGCCGCGGCGACCUCCGGCCGGUUGAGUUCCAGUAUCGAGACUCGUACGUGCCCCUCAAUCUAUACGCGGAUCGUGCGAUGAAUGUUAUUGCCGACGCCAGCAAACAAAACAAGAAGAGCCAUAAAAGCCCAGCGACUAUUGGUGCCGGCGGUAGCAUCGGCCCCUCGUCGCUCAUGGUGCUGGCGUCUGACGACCCCCUGGUCUAUGACUCGGACGAGUUUGCGGGUGCUGCACGUGCCCAGGAUCGUAUUCGCCUCGCCAGAAAGCCCGCCGCGGCGCCCCAAGACCCGCAGCCCGGUGCCUUCCGCAAGUUUGUUGACGAGACGUUUGGCUGGGAGGGCGGCUUCUUUGCUGCCAUGUUCUGGAACCUGGGCGGCGCCGGUGUGUCAUCGGCCCCGCCCUCUGCCUCGUCCGCUUGGACGGCGGCGCCUGCCGAGACGCUGCGCAUCCGUAGUCUGGUCGGCCGUGCCUAUAUGAUGGACUUGGCCGUGCUGGCCGAGGCGAGCGACUCCAUCGUUUGUGCUGUCAGCGCGACGGGAUGCCGCCUCUUGGCGGUGAUGAUGGGCUGGGAGACCGCUGUGGACAAGGGACGCUGGAUCAACAUUGACGGCGAAUACGGCUGGUGGGCUGUCGACGUUUGA